GGCGUGAAUGCAGUACUCAAAGUGGGUGGAAUCUCCUUGAAUAAAGGAAAAGAUGGAGGUGCCAACAGUCUGCAGUCAAGAUAAUGGUGUAUCUCAUGUUCUGACUCUAGUGCUACAAGAACUGAGUUUGCUCUGUAAAAGAGAUGUCAAUGGUGUUGGCAUGUUAUAUGACCUGCUCAGAUCCCGCUGGCUGCAAGCACUUUUAAAGAUUUAUGAAUGCCUCCAACACUACCUCGGAAAAAGACCAGUUCCUGUCACACUGCAGGCACGCGCAUUGACUCGCGAGGUGGUAGAGUUACUGCGUGAAGCCCCUCAGUCUGGAGAGAUCAAAGAGCUAAGACGACUACUGCGAGCCCCACACUUAAAGGCCCUGCUAUCUGCCCAUGACACUGUGGCCCAGAAAGACUUUGAACCAACCCUUCCACCACUGCCAGACAACAUACCUGAAAAUGAGGAAGCUAUGAGGAUUGUCUGCUUAGUGAAAAACAACCAGCCUCUGGGUGCCACCAUUAAACGCCAUGAGAUAACAGGUGACAUAACGGUUGCCCGUGUGAUCCAUGGUGGGCUAGCAGACAGAAGUGGGUUGCUGUAUGCUGGAGACAAACUGGUGGAGGUAAAUGGAGUUCCUGUUGAGGGACUUGAGCCUGAGCAAGUUAUUAAUAUUCUGGCCCUGUCUCAGGGGACAAUUAUGUUCAAAUUAAUUCCAGUUUCUGAUCGGCCUGUCAGCAACCAAACAACACUCUAUGUGCGAGCAAUGGCAGAUUAUUGGCCCUUGCAAGAUCCUGCCAUACCAUGCGCUGAUGCAGGUUUGCCUUUUAAGAAGGGUGAAAUACUCCAGAUUGUGGACCAGAAUGAUGCUCUCUGGUGGCAGGCCAGGAAAGUUUCAGAUCUUGGUGCCUGUGCUGGACUUAUACCCUCAAAUCAUCUUCUUAAAAGGAAGCAGCGAGAAUUCUGGUGGUCUCAGCCUUUCCAGCCCCAUCUCUGUCUUAAAUCAUCAAUGUUAAGCACUGUGGAAGAAGAGGAUGACAUGCAGAUUGAUGAGAAGUGUGUGGAAACAGAUGAAGAAACAUUUGAGUCUGAGGAGCUUAAAGAAGAAGAGGAAGAAUUUGGUGAAUUUGGUCAACGAGUUUUUAUUGCUGGUUUCCGUAGAAGUAUGCGCCUGUGUCGCAGGAAAUCCCGGACCAACCAGCAGCCCUGUUACGCUUGGUGCCCCAGCAGCUGUUACAGCACUCUUGCAGCUCCAUAUGAAGAGGUGGUUAGGUACCAGCGGCACCCAGCAGACCGGAACAGACUGAUUAUACUAGUGGGUCCUGCAGGAGUGGGUGUGAAUGAGCUAAGGCGAAGGCUUAUCGCAAGUAACCCACGAGAGUUUCGAAGUGCCGUACCUCACACAACUCGUGUUCAGAAGAGUUAUGAAAUGAAUGGUCGUGAAUAUCACUACGUAUCAAAGGAAACUUUUGAAAAUAUGGUGUAUAGCCACAGAAUGCUGGAAUACGGGGAAUACAAAGGGUACCUGUAUGGUACCAGUAUUGAUGCAGUGCGGACAGUCCUCGAUGAAGGAAAGAUCUGCGUAAUAGAUUUAGAACCACAGGGCAUACAAGUAGCCCGGACUCAUGAAUUAAAGCCCUACAUUAUAUUCAUCAAGCCAUCCAGCAUAAGCUGCAUGAGGCAGACUCGUAAAAAUGCCAGGAUCAUUACAGAUUACUACGUAAACAUGAAAUUCAAGGAAGAAGAUUUACAGGAGAUGGAAGAUUCGGCUAAGAAAAUGGAAGCUCAGUUUGGUCAGUUCUUUGAUCAAGUGAUUGUAAAUGACAAUUUACAAGAAGCAUCUGCACAGCUGCUGUCUGCAGUCCAUCGUGCACAGGAUGAGCCCCAGUGGGUCCCUGCAAUAUGGAUAUGCUCAGACACUCAGCCCUAA